UGAGCGGUGUUCAGCACGGACAGCCAGCAGCGGCACGACCCAGCGCAGAGCUUACCUGGCCCCCGCCGAGGUAUUUCGAUUUCUCCCCGCUUUUACCGGGCGAAGAAGUGUGGACCGACGGAGAGCCCUGACGUCACCAUGCCAGGUAGAGAGUGAAGGGAGCCUUCGGGUCGUGAGGAGGAGGGGAGUAACGCUGCGGGUGUGAUUGGGGUGGCCUCUCCAUCGCGGUGAACACCUUUCGGGCUCGGAGCGCGCAGCUCGGACGCACGUAUAAUGAUGGACGGCCGGCCGCCGUCGCCGCUGCUGCUGCUGGCUCUCCUCGCCAUUGCGGGAGGCGGCCUCGGGGCAGACACAGAGGAGCGGUUGGUGGAGCAUCUCUUAAACCCAGCCCACUACAACAAACUGAUCCGUCCUGCGACUAAUGGCUCCGAGCUGGUUACCGUGCAGCUGAUGGUGUCGCUGGCCCAGCUCAUCAGCGUGCAUGAGAGAGAGCAGGUGAUGACCACCAAUGUCUGGCUAACACAGGAGUGGCAGGACUAUCGUCUGACUUGGGUCCCUGAGGAGUUUGAUGGGAUGAUGAAGGUCAGGCUGCCCUCAAAACACAUCUGGCUGCCUGACGUGGUGCUCUACAACAAUGCUGAUGGGGUGUACGAGGUGUCAUUCUACUCAAACGCAGUGGUCUCCUACGAUGGCAGUAUCUUCUGGUUGCCCCCGGCCAUCUACAAGUCAGCCUGUAAGAUCGAGGUCAAGCACUUCCCCUUUGACCAACAGAACUGCACACUGCGCUUCCGCUCUUGGACCUACGACCGCACGGAGAUCGAUCUGGUGCUCCGUGCUGACGUCGCCAGCAUGGACGACUUCACGCCCAGCGGGGAGUGGGACAUCAUCGCCCUGCCUGGCAGACGAAACGAGAACCCGGCCGACCCCACCUACGUGGACAUCACGUACGACUUCAUCAUUCGCAGGAAGCCUCUUUUUUACACCAUCAACCUCAUCAUCCCGUGCGUGCUCAUCACCUCGCUGGCGAUCCUGGUUUUCUACCUGCCUUCCGACUGCGGGGAGAAGAUGACGCUCUGCAUCUCCGUGCUGCUGGCUCUCACUGUGUUCCUGCUGCUGAUCUCCAAGAUUGUUCCACCCACCUCACUGGACGUCCCUCUCGUGGGGAAGUACCUGAUGUUCACCAUGGUCCUGGUCACUUUCUCUAUCGUCACCAGUGUGUGUGUGCUCAACGUACACCACCGCUCGCCCACCACACACACCAUGCCUCCUUGGGUUAAACUGGUGUUCCUCAACAAGCUUCCUGCCUUGCUCUUCAUGCGCCAGCCUAGGAAUAGCUGUGAGCGCCAGCGGCUGCGCCAAAGAAGGAGGGCCCAGGAGCAGAAGGAGGGUGGGCGCAGCGGGGAGGCUGGGGCCUUGAUGGUGGGGCUCGGGCUGGGCAGCACUGGUGGUAACGGAGGAGCCACCUCCACAGGGGUUUUCAACAAGGAGGACAGUGACCCUUGUACCUGCUAUGUGAACCGGGCGUCUGUGAAACAGUUUGGAGGGGAUCUGGGAGGUGCAGGGGGGGGAUCCAUGGAUGGUCUGAACAGGGUGAGGGAGGGCCGGGAAGGGGGCGCUGGAAACCUGCCGCGGGGGAAGCAGGCAGCAGGAGGUCCUGCUCUAACUCAGGCACUGCUGGCUCAAGCCUGUCCGGGCUUUGAGGAGGCUGUGGAGGGAGUACGCUUCAUUGCCAAUCACAUGAAGAGUGAGGAUGAUGAUCAGAGUGUGAGCGAGGACUGGAAGUACGUUGCCAUGGUGAUCGACCGCCUCUUCCUGUGGAUCUUUGUGUUUGUGUGCGUGUUUGGCACAAUGGGCAUGUUCCUGCAGCCGCUCUUCCAGAAUUACACAGUCAAGACCAUCACCAGCCCGCCAGGCUGACCGCCCGCAGGCCAAGAACACGCUGACCUGACAGCUCCCCCGACCAAUCAGCACAGCAGGACAAGGGCCAGGAGUUGGGGUCGGGGGAGCGCGUCCGGGUUUUAUUGUGUCUACUGAACUGGAACCAGAACUGGAACUGAAAAGCAAUCACGCCCAUUACCUUUAUAGUAACGUUUUUUGCAAUGAACAACUUUUUCUUGAAUGAAGAAAGAGGAGAACACCGUCAUACUCUUACCUGCAGUUUUUUGUCCAGAUGUUUAAUGGACUGACCUCCCCUUUCUGGUGGAAAGGUCCCUCCCCGGGAGCGAGGAUGCUCUGAUCUUCUCCUCGUCGAACCUUAACGCCAGCCUGUCAACACUUUCCGCUCAACGCUGACUGCUUAAUUGACACACGACAUGCCCGCCUUCAACUAUGACAUUACUCAUUCUCAAUAUCGACUGAUGUCAGAGGGAGCUAAUCAGAAAGGGAAGGGAGGUUCAUAUCAAGGUUCUUAUACAUUUACUUUAUUUUUUCAGAAAUCCACUACAUCAGUGAACUGAUUCAGUAUAUUUUAUCAUAGCAUAGCAGCUUACCACAGUAUAGCAUUAGGAAUAUAUUAUUAAGAUUUCUCUAUGUGUUAGCUCAUGCAAGGGUCUGUUGCUGAUCGAGAGGCUACAGUGUGUUGUAUGAUUGUAUAGAUUAAACAAGAAUGUGAUAUAAACUGUACUACACAGCCUGUGAUGCGCACACUAACACUGUACAAGCAACAGAUUGCAAAGGAAAAUACAUAGAGGGGGGGGCUUGGAUUUAAAGAGAGAGCCAUUAUCCAGCGAGAGGGGUAAAGUACUAGAUGCAUGGAUGGUGUUUUGCUUCGAGAGUUGUGCACAUUAAAUAGAGGACAGCAGCAGCCUGCUGUGCCAGAGUGCGCAGCUGCAGCGAGAUGAGUUCAGCUCCAGAGAAAGUGAGGAAUCUGAGCCAAGAUGGUGGACAGGACCUCCUGUGUGAUGGACAGUGGAACAUGAUUUCCCCAGGACGGAGUAAACAGAGCUCAGCUGAGAUCAGUAUUAGAAAAAGCAACGUGUAAAUCAAAUUAUAUUGACGGGAGGAAGGGAUUAUGGGAAUGGCGCUAUUGUGUGUAUUAAUAUGUAAUUUCAUAUUUCAGUAUGUAACGUUCAGAGCAUAUGUAUACAUGUACGCGUGUGUGUGUAUGUAUGUGUAUGCGUGCCCCACGCCCCGAUGCAUUAUCACAUCUGUCAGAUACGAUGUCCCCUCCCCCCUCCCUCCCUUCUAUUAAUCUCUGGCAACCUCUCUCUCCCCUUUAUCUGGUCUUCCAUGGACAAACACAUCUCUGACAUUUCGUCCAAUUACAAUAACGAUUAACACCUAUUCAUUACGGCAGUUUUCCUUUUCACCACCGACUGGCUGAUUUGUCUUGUUUCCACAAUCCUCCCAGCUUCUCUGACA